AUGCAACUACAACAACAGCAGCAUCAUAAUCAGCAGCAGGAAAUAAAAGUUCCUCCAAAGUGGUUGCACUGUCCCCGACUAAGUACGCUAAUAUCCGAUAAAUUCAUGGUGUUUAAAACACCGCUGGAUGAAAAAUAUGACCGUGAAUUGCCUAAUGAAUACAGAUUCAAUUUAAAAAUGGUCUUUGAAUCUGUUGCAAAUAUGAAACUAACAAUGGGCUUGAUCAUCGACUUGACAAACUCAACAAAUUUCUACAACGUCAAUCAUGUUAAAGACAUCUACGAUUGUGAAUAUUUGAAACUAAGCUGCGAGGGAUUUAGCGAAGCGCCGACAAAAGAAAUAACAUCAAAGUUUUAUGCCGUUUGUAAAGAAUUUAUUGAACAAAACCCAACUAAAAUUAUCGGAGUCCAUUGUACACAUGGUUACAAUAGGUCUGGUUUUUUCGUUGCUUCGUAUUUGGUUGAAGUGGAUAACUUGAGUCUGGAGAUGGCACUAAACCUGUUUAAUGAUGCCCGACCACCUGGCAUAUAUAAACAGGACUACCUGGACGAAAUCUGCAAAAGAUUCGGUCAAAGCAGUUCCGCACAAAAAGCACCCCAACUACCUACCUGGUAUACUGAUUCAGAUUAUGUUGCUAGAGAUGAUGAUGGAAAUGUAGUUUUGGGCAACAGUUACAGUAAAAUCAAAAAACUUAUUUAUGGAUGGUAA